AUGUCAAAUUAUAGCAAUUGUAGGGAUUCAUAUGUGCAAUAUCAACAUCUUGCAAAAUCACAUAACGUUUUGUACCAUGAAUGGAUGGAUGAUGGUGCAUUACCAACACCAGAUCAAAUAUUAAGAAAUUUACCACAUAGAUCUCGUGGUAGUGAUAAUGGUGCUAUUGAUCAAGAUGAUACUAUGAUAACUAAUGAUAUUGAAAGUACUGUAGGGUUUACUGUCUCAGAUAAAUAUUGGGAUUUCUUUUGUGAUGAUGAGCAAUGGGAAAUCUUUCAUACUGCUAAUUUAACAGUCGAACCUAAUGGAAAUUUAAUGUUUAAUAGAAUGAUAAGUGCUCAGGGACCAUUAAACACAGUAAGUGGAUCUGUAGGAAGAAAUAUAUAUCGAGCUGAUGAUGAUAAUCAUAAUAAUAGUAAUGAUAAUGGUAAUAAUAAUAAUAGUACUACUAAUGAUGAUGGUGCAGAUACAGAUCAUCAUGGGGAUAAUAAUCAUGAUAAUGAUAAUCAGGAUAAGGAUAUUGUAGUUGGAUCUGCAUUCGAUCGAAGAACGUUACAACAAAUUAAGCAGAAAGUUAAUGGUUGGACAAAUGGAUUCCCAAACUUUACAUAG